GAACACAGAAUGACAGAAGAACCCUAUUUUUCCCAUGUCUGUCUAUCUGGAUAGUCUGUUGACCAACGUUGGCUUGAAUUAGCCAAUUCUUGUAGACUCGAAAAUCGUUGCUUUCCUCUCACACCCAACCAUGGAAGCCAAGUCAAUGUUCCUACAUUCCAAAACAAUCCCAUUCUGUUCUGCUUUCACUGAUAGACCCAACUUCUCUCUCAGACCUUUUCGUAAACACCUACAGGGCAAUUCAAUAAACCACAGCUCUCACUUACACCAUAGCCUUAAACCCCUCAAGAACCCAUCAAAUUUAUGUCUUUCACAAAACCCAUUCUCAUCAUCACCAACAAGAACAAGAAGAAGCGCCCAUUUGUUACCUCCGCUCAAAUGCUCAUACUCCAGCACCUCAAGCUCAGAAUCUCAAACCCGAUUGCUAAAACUCCUCAAAAAUAUUUCCUUUGAUUCAUUCAAAGCUACCCUUUUUAAAUUAACCCCUUUUGAUGUCAUCAAGUGGUCUGGAAUCUUUUCCAUUGCAAUUGCAGCCACAAAAGGGACUGUCAAUUUGCUCUUGAGCCCCUUUUUCUGGAUGUACUUUAGCUGGACUUGGAUGUUUUGGCCUUGGUUUCUGGCUCUAUCAAUCGGGGUUUACGGGUUAUACUGCUUUCGGAAGCAUUUGCAAGGUGAAGCCAGCAUCUUUGAGCAACUUGCCAUUGUCACUUCAGUGUUUUCUUGGCUCACACUAGUCCCACCUGCCCAUUUCAAUGGCUUCCUUGAAGGUUGGCCUUAUGUGUUCUUCUUUGUCUACCAUUACUUCUUUUUCUUCAAUGUUAGCGUGAGGAAACGGUUAUAUGGAGAUUACUAUGCUCGCCCGCAUGACCCCAAGUGGGAUGUGAGCCCACCAAAGUGGUUGCGCCUUUUGUUCUGUGCCGGGGUCAUGGCUGGUCACUGGCUGGCUGCAUUUGAAGGGCCAGAGCUUCACCGCAUUCCUGGCGGGUGGAGCAAUGUAGGUAUUUGGAUUUUGAUAUUGGUGACUCUGCUAGUGCAAUAUAACUCAACAUUGUAUCUUGCAAAGUAUUCAGAAAAGGUGGUGGUGCCAACUGCUGUUGUACAGUUUGGGCCUUACCGGUGGGUACGCCAUCCAAUAUAUUCAUCUACGAUGCUUGUGUUUGCCACAUAUUUCAUUGCGCUUCGAGCACCUUUGAGCUUGCUAUUCAUCGUAGCAGUUUGUUCGUUGUACUAUGAUCAGAAGGCAAAACUGGAGGAGGCUUUGAUGGUUGAGACUUUUGGGGAGAGGUAUGUGGAGUAUGCGAGUAAAGUUAGGUACAAGUUCGUUCCUUUUAUCUAUUAGUUGGUCACAAGGUGUGCAGUUAUUAAUUCUGUAUUCUGAAGGAUAUAAUGUGUUGUACUUGAGUACUUGAGUUUUGAAAUCAAUAUGAGAAUGUUAGAUUUAUAGACAAGUUCAGCA